ACUGUGUUGUGCAGUGAGUAUGUGAAAUACAGCUGACCCCGGGCAGAUCGAGACGUUACGGUGUGUGUCGAGCCGUGCCUUCCUCUACAGGGCGGGGCAGUUUAGCGUUUCCGUAUUUGGAGAGGGAGGGCUGGUCACAUUGGGCACCCGGUAUCCAAGCGAUAGGGGUAAAAACGGAGAACUUCGAACCAACGGCAGAGCACGAGCCCAGAGGGACAGAGAGGGAGAUACCUAGAAUAAAAACAAAGCAAACAACUGAACAGAGGAGGCGAGAAGCAGAACCAACAAGGAGAGAGAGAUAAGAGAGGGACAGGCAAAACGCUGAGAGGCACAUGGUGUGAAAAUGCCUACAAACUUCACAGUGGUUCCUGUGAAGGAUGGCAGGAAGUCCCGGGAGGACGAUGAUGUAGAUGACAACAAUGUUUUCAGAGAGGAAGACGAGGAUGCCCCCUUCCCAGGCGAUGGCAUGCCAAAGGAAAGCAGUCCAUUCAUAAACAACACAGACAAUGACAAAGGGAAUCUAUACGAUGGGAAGAACAUGGCCCUCUUUGAGGAAGAGAUGGACAGCAACCCCAUGGUGUCCUCUCUGCUCAACAAGCUGGCUAACUACACCAACCUCACCCAGGGGGUCAAAGAGCACGAGGAGGCAGACGACGACGAGGGGCCAGCCAAGACUAAGAAACCAGUCAAGAGUCCUGCGUUGGGCACAUUAAUCGGGGUGUACCUGCCCUGUCUGCAGAACAUCCUGGGGGUCAUCCUGUUCCUGCGCCUCACCUGGAUCGUGGGCACCGCUGGCAUCAUGGAGUCCCUGGCCAUUGUGGUUAUGACCUGUUCCUGUACAAUGCUGACCGCCAUAUCAAUGAGUGCCAUUGCUACAAAUGGUGUGGUUCCAGCUGGAGGCUCCUACUACAUGAUCUCCAGGUCCCUGGGGCCAGAGUUCGGCGGGGCCGUGGGGCUCUGCUUCUACCUGGGGACCACUUUCGCUGGCUCCAUGUACAUCCUCGGUACUAUAGAGAUUCUACUGACCUACAUUGUGCCUAGCGCGGCCAUCUUCAAGGCAGAGAAGAAGGAGGAUGAGGCUGAGGCACUGCUCAACAACAUGCGGGUGUACGGCACCUGCUGCCUCACCCUCAUGUCCCUGGUGGUUUUCGUGGGUGUCAAGUACGUCAACAAGCUGGCCUUGGUCUUCCUGGCCUGUGUCAUUCUCUCCAUUCUGGCCAUCUACGCCGGAGUCAUCAAGACCGCCUUCGAACCGCCAGACUUCCCCAUUUGCCUGUUGGGGAACCGCACGCUGCAGAACCACAACUUCGACCAGUGCUUGAAGACGAUGGAGGUGGGCAACGUGACGGUCACCACCAAGCUGUGGUCCCUGUUCUGUGACUCUCCAGACCUCAACGCCACCUGCAACGAGUACUUCACCCUAAACAACGUCACUGUGAUCCAGGGCAUCCCUGGCCUGACCAGCGGUGUCAUCAGAGAUAACAUCUGGGGGGACUACGGUCCUAACGGCAUGCUGGUAGAGAAUAAGCACCAGGCAUCAGAGCCGGCUGCAGACACAUCCCAGGACAUCUACAUGCCAUACGUGGCCAACGACAUCACCACCUUCUUCACCCUGCUGGUGGGGAUCUACUUCCCUUCCGUCACUGGAAUCAUGGCUGGAUCCAACAGAUCUGGUGAUCUGAGGGACGCCCAGAAGUCCAUCCCCAUAGGAACCAUCAUGGCCAUCGCCACCACCACCUUCAUCUACAUUUCCUCUGUCAUACUGUUUGGCGCCUGCAUCGAGGGAGUGGUGCUCAGAGACAAGUUUGGGGACUCGGUCAAAGGGAACCUGGUGAUUGGCAUCCUUGCUUGGCCUUCCCCCUGGGUGAUUGUGAUUGGCUCGUUCUUCUCCUGCUGUGGAGCAGGUCUGCAGAGUCUCACUGGAGCCCCCCGGCUGCUGCAGGCCAUCGCACGAGACGGCAUUGUGCCAUUCCUACAGGUGUUUGGUCAUGGCAAAGCUAAUGGAGAGCCCACCUGGGCCCUGCUGUUGACUGGUGGGAUCUGUGAGAUCGGUAUCCUCAUUGCCUCUCUGGACGCUGUCGCCCCCAUCCUCUCCAUGUUCUUUUUGAUGUGCUACCUGUUUGUCAACCUGGCCUGUGCCCUCCAGACACUGCUGCGCACCCCUAACUGGAGACCCCGCUUCAAGUUCUACCACUGGGCUCUGUCUUUCCUGGGCGCCAGUCUGUGUCUCUCCCUGAUGUUCAUCUCCUCCUGGUACUAUGCCCUGGUGGCCAUGCUGAUCGCUGGCUGCAUCUACAAGUACAUUGAAUACAGAGGGGCGGAGAAGGAGUGGGGUGAUGGUAUAAAUGGUCUGUCUCUCAAUGCCGCCCGCUACGCCCUCAUUCGCCUGGAGGAGGCGCCGCCCCACACCAAGAACUGGAGGCCCCAGAUGCUGCUGCUAUUGAACCUGGAUUCUGACCACGCCGUGAAACACCCACGCCUGCUCUCCUUCUGCACCCAGCUCAAAGCAGGCAAAGGCCUGACUAUCGUGGGCUCCGUGCUGGAGGGCACUUACAUGACCAAGGAGGCCGAGGUCAAGAAGGCCGAGCAGAACAUCAAGUCGUCGAUGACGACGGAGCGUACCAAGGGCUUCUGCCACGUGGUGGCGUCGUCCAACCUGCGUGAUGGUUUCUCCCACCUCAUUCAGACAGCAGGCCUUGGGGGCAUGAAACACAACACGGUCCUCAUGGCCUGGCCCGGCACCUGGAAACAGUCCAACGACCCCGUAUCCUGGAAGAACUUCAUUGAGACUGUGCGUGAAACCACAGCGGCCCAUCAAGCCUUGCUUGUGGCCAAGAACGUGGACAGCUUCCCCACCAACGCGGACCGCCUGGGCCAGGGCACCAUAGACGUGUGGUGGGUUGUCCAUGAUGGAGGACUGCUCAUGCUACUGCCCUUCCUUCUUCGCCAGCACAAGGUGUGGAGGAAGUGUAAGAUGCGUAUCUUCACGGUGGCUAAUAUGGAUGACAACAGUAUUCAGAUGAAGAAGGACCUGCAGAUGUUCCUCUACCACCUUCGUCUGGACGCAGAGGUGGAGGUGGUAGAGAUGCACGACAGCGACAUCUCAGCCUUCACCUAUGAGAAGACCCUGGUGAUGGAGCAGCGCUCUCAGAUGCUGAAACAGAUGCAGCUGUCGCGGACGGAGAGGGAGAGAGAGAUUCAGAGUAUCACUGACUCGUCACGUAGCUCCAUCAGGAGGAAUAACCAAACCGGAGCCGUGGGCUCAGAAUCUGGCCCCAGUCGAGAGCUGGAGGACACACAGGAGGACGAGGCCCAGCUGAUCCAUGACAGAAACACGGCGUCUCACGCCGCACUUAACGACAAGGCCGACGCUGGCCCUGACCGGGUCCACAUGACCUGGACCAAGGAUAAGUUCCUCACCGAGCGCAACCGCAACCGCGCCGAGGCCAGCAUGGGCGUGCGCGACAUUUUCAACAUGAAACCAGAGUGGGAGAGUCUGAACCAGUCCAACGUGCGCCGGAUGCACACUGCGGUCAAGCUGAACGAGGUGGUGGUCAACAAGUCACAGGGAGCCCACCUGGUCCUGCUCAACAUGCCGGGACCGCCCAAAAACAGAGGGGGCGACGAGAACUACAUGGAGUUCCUGGAGGUUCUGCUGGAGGGUCUCAACCGGGUCCUCCUGGUCCGUGGGGGCGGACGCGAGGUCAUCACUAUCUACUCUUAAACGCUUGCGGCCACAAAACCUUGGGGUUACUGGGGGAUUGUCAGAGGGGGGGCCAUGUUACUGGACAGAGGGAUUUUUAGCCUCGGAAGGGAUGACCAAUCAGGGCAGUGUGAUGUCAUAGCAUCAGCCUGAUUCGUGGAAAGAGCACAUGUAUCCUGGGGCCUAUCUAUCACGUCGACCGACUGGAAGAUAGAGCAUUCUGACACUAACAUUUUAAUCUGACACGUGUUAAUGUUUAUUGUAUGGAUGUUCUUCCUUUUUUCCCCCUUCACUCCCUCUCUAUGUUCAGUAUUCAUGUCUGUUCGUGGUAAUUGUGUAUCAUAAUCAGCAGAGGACCACAGGGUUAAUAUGGACAUGGGCUGUGUCUGAAAUGGCAUCCGAGUCCCUAUAUAGUGGACUAUUUUUGACCCUUUGGCCCUAUAUCAUUUCGGACACAGCCAUAGUCUCUCUAGUUUGUCCAUCAUUGCCCUCAUUUUGGCUUUGGCUUUGUCCUCAUCUUUCAAGUACGAUUCAGAUUGAGGAGGCACAAAGUCAAUGUGCUGCCUUUAAGAUCUCCCUUAGCUCAGAACCAAAUCGACUUUGAAUCCUGAAAGAGAUGAAUACGGUUCCUGCUCUUAUCUAUUAUUUAAAAACUCAAUAGAAUGUUGUUAUCUAGAAUAAUAUGCUUCUGUGACUCUUUCCAGUAUCCUAGCCCACAGCGGAGCUCUGUUAGAACGGAAGGAGGCAGCAAGUCCAAAAAAAGCAUACUUUUAUUCUGUUCCACAGAUCAGGGUGUUGCUAUGGCUUUCCAAAGCUCCAUUGUCCCUUGGUUAUUAAAGGUGGGGUCAUAUUUUGAAGGUGUUCUGCCCUACUGGUGUCCUCGUAUACCCCUGAAGCUACUCACAGCGGAGUUCAGUCAACCUCAAUUCUAAUUGAGGAAGUUAGGGGGUCUAACGCAGAAGCGGAUCCAUACUAGGACUAGGGGGAACUAGGUUUAUUCAUGUAUUUAAUUUGUUGUUAAUUGUCGUCUUGUAGAGUGCAGCACAACAUCUGAAAGAGGUCUGUGUAUGGGGUUAGGAGCUUUGACAAGCAUAGGCCCAAGGAUUUUAAUGUGCAAUAGAUGCCGUUGAUGUGGUGAAUUGCAGACAGGCCUGAGACACAGAAGGUGGUCCACCUUGCCUGGUGGGGUCUCCUUAAUUGACCCUUUUUAUUGGCUCUGUAACAUUGGUCAAAGUCCCCGACUUCAGCCAUUGCUUUAAGAAAUAGCCGUAGUAUAUGUCCUAGUAUUUAGCCUAUGUUAACUGUGUUACACCCAAUACACAGCAUAAAGCAUAUUUAUGUUGGGUAUAAUUGGAAAUUGUAUGCAAGGGUGCAGGGAAUGAAAGUAGUUUUUUGUAAAGAGCCUAUUUUCAGGUACAGGAGUGCUGCUUUAAAUUCACGUACCGUUCCACAGCUUCACAAAUCUCGGACAACUGGGGUCAUCAAGGUAUUUCACCUACCAGAGCCCAUUCGAUAUAUACAUCAACAUAUAGGAAAAUCACGAGAUGGUUUGACACUAACACUGAAUCUGAAUUAAUCAUCAACUCAAGAAUUUGUCCACUUCUCUGUGACCCUCAAAUCGGUCAUUGUGUUGCUUGACAGCUAAAACAGAAGGAAAUGUGCUUGUUGGAGUCAUCCUCUGAUGGCCUAGCCACUGUUGACUGUUCGGGUACUGUAGGCUCAUUUUCAGCACGGUGUCGUUAGAGACAUCCUCUGAUGGCCUAGCCACUGUUGACUGUUCGGGUACUGUAGGCUCAUUUUCAGCACGGUGUCGUUAGAGACAUCGACACUCAGCGUUUUGCACAGUCUUCGAUGUACAGUACUGCACUGAUACGGUAGAUUGCAUUGCAUUGUUUGGCUCUGAUAAUAGAAGUAUUUAGGCUGGGAUGUUGUAAUACAGUGAUGCCACCACAUUCAAAUGGCUGUGAUUUGUGAGUAUCACGUCUAUCACAGGACACCAAACCAAGAUUCUGUACUGGAAUAGAAAAGUCUCAUUAUGAAAUAGCUAUGUUCCAUGUUGUGCUCCGAACCAUCAAUGUUUUCUCUCUCUGGUGAGCACCAUGCAGAGUGGGUAGGUGAGUAGAGUUUGUGAAAACAUGCGGUCUCAUAGAUCAAUCAUAUAGGUGUGGUCUGUAGGUAUCAGUUGAUCAUACUGUUCAAUGUCAGGAUUUGUUCUGAUGAUAUUUGUGUUUUAAUUGUACGUGCAUAUUCUCUAGGUUUCAUGUUUUCAACUGACCAUGAUGAAUCAUUUUGACUUUGUAUAGGAAGAAACGUGCCAAAAAGACUAAGGCUGAAAGUAUAUGCUUGUCAAUGUCAGCCACAGUACACGCGCCAACUGUCGCCCGUGCUUGUAGGGUGGGGUGGAAAAAGCAAGAUCACUUUCAAAUUGUAAAUACAAUAUACGUUAUUAUAACCAGUUAAUGCUUUUGAUUUGGAGACGCACAGAGGUCAACACAUUUGAACUCAAGUUCUUACCUAACAGACCAUUUUGAUGAGCAACACUGAGUUUGUGGUUACAAAAUGAGUUCCUUUUUAGGCUACAUAUCAACAGUGGAAGGAAUGGCAUCUGUGAUUUCCAGGGCAUGUGAAGUUUUAUAGGAAGUAGGAAGUCACCAGAUAUAAGAAACUAUUGGGGCAAAGAAAGGAAGGAAUCACUCAUCAAACUCUUCUGUAUUUGCAUCCACAGUUUUAUUUUGAAACCUUUUGGUAGCUGUGCAGUAUUUUAUAACCAGAACAUUGUAUUUUUCUACAGUAUGUCAUGAAAACAACCUGUCUUUUGUUGUAGCGUCGACCAUCAGACAAUGUUUUUAUGUUUCCUGGUGUGUUUUUGUUUUGUUUUUCCGACAUACACCUGUGUAACUUGUAGUCAUAGUGUCUGUUUGCACUUAACUGUUAUGUUAUACUUGAUUUUCUGAUAACACUCUUUAAGUGUUACUUUUCAGGAGUGGAGUAUUUCGAUUUUAUGGAGGUGUGGGAUGGAUGGAUGGAUGGGGGGGGGGGUAUUUUCUCCAAGUUGUUUGCAGAUCUGUUUAGUUUGUGUUUUUCUCAAACACAUUGGAAACACAGACUUUGGCUGAGAUUUCACCGAAAGGAUUUUUGAGGAGCCAGUUGGAGGAUGGGUUAUGUUACUGAUUUUAAGUUAAUUGAAAAUGUAUUUUUAUUUUAGGUUUUUAGCCACCAAAGAUACAAUCUUUGAGUCUGUGAUAUGAAACGUCACAUUGUUAAUAGUGUAAGAAAUAAAGUUGAACUAAAAACAGCACAGCUUGCUUACUUGAGCUGAAUAGCAGCAAAAGAGAUGACUUCAAACCUUUUUAGAGGACACAAAACUAAGACUUCUGGGUGACAGUAUAGGAAGCAGUAUAUGUUCCAUUUACCUGGUUAAAGUGACGAGAGAAUGUAAUCUACCUCAAGGGGGCCAUGGAGGCUUCAUCGAAGGAGAAGCAACCUGUCGAAUCGCUUUCUCUUUUCUCUGUACAUAGUUACAAUCUUUUAUAUGAAGCGACUAUUAGCGAUUGGGGAGUGAGCCUCCAUUCUGAGGGAGAACCAGCGUGUCUGUGUGUGUGCGUGUGUGUGUGUGUGUGUGUGUGUGUGUGUGUGUGCACACCUCACAUAUUGUACUCUAGUAGGAGUUACUUUUGGGCACAUGCAUAGCGAAGGGUAGCCCUUUAAAUUAUAUCUGUGCCUCUGAGUAAUGAAUAAAUAAACGUGCUGAAAUAUGUCUGAA